AUGUCCUCUGAAACUGCCCACAGUGACAGGUUGUUGUUAUUAACUUCAGUACAACUAUGUCGCCACUUUUCUCUUGCAGAGAUUCAAUCCGCAACCAAAGACUUUGAUGAUAAACUGAUCAUUGGACAUGAAGGAUUUGGUAACGUUUACAAAGGUCAGAUUUAUAUUGAAGAAACUAUUCAUGUAGUAGCCAUCAAAAGGUUAGAUUCUAAAUCUGUGCAGGGGGCGCCUGAGUUUAAGGCCGAAAUUGAGAUGCUUUCUAAGCUGCGUCACUGUCACUUGGUGUCUCUUAUUGGUUUUUGUGAUGAUAACAAGGAGAUGAUUUUAGUUUAUGCAUAUAUGCCUAAUGGAACCCUCUACCAUCAUCUACACAAAGCUCAGAGUCCUUUAAAUUGGGUGCAAAGACUAAAGAUAGCGAUAGGUGCCGGCCGUGGAUUGGACUACCUUCACACUGGUGUUGGCACCCAACACGGAGUCAUUCAUCGUGAUGUGAAGAGUUCAAACAUUCUUUUGGAUGAGAAAUGGGCAGCUAUGAUUUCAGAUUUUGGGAUGUCGAAAAUAGGCCCAACCAACCAAUCAAUGUCAUAUGUUGAGGCCAGUGUUAAAGGCACAUUCGGUUAUCUGAAUCCAGAAUAUUUCUAUACCAGAAAGCUGACAAGAAAAACAGAUGUGUAUGCAUUUGGGGUUGUAUUGUUUGAAUUGCUAUCAGGGAGGCUUGCAGUCGAUGAACGCAAUGGUGAGGAGGAAUGUAGUUUGGUAAGAUGGGCUCAAAAGUGUGUGAAAGAACGCAAAUUAGAUCAAAUGGUUUAUCCUAAUAUCAAGGGAACAAUUUUUCCCAAAUGUUUAAAACGGUUUGCACAAAUUGCAUACCGUUGUUUGCUUAGUGAUCUAAAGGAACGUCCAACCAUCGCUGAGGUUGUGGUCUCACUUCAGGCUUUACUUGAACUACAACAGCGACAUGAAAAUUCAGUUGAACCAUCAAGCAUAACUGGAUUUACUUGGAAGAUCCAUAAAUAUCUUCUUUCAGCAACUAAGCAGAACUCUGGUAUAUAUACAGAAACAUUUCAUUAG